UCAGCUCGAACGGGCUCUUCUCCAGAGCCCUCUCCGGGCCGCCAUCCUCCUCCUCCUCCUGCAGCUCCCGGCCCUGCUGCAUGCCCGGCCGCUAACCUGCUCCGCGGGGCUCGGCCGGGCCGGGCCGGGCGCUGCUGCCGCCGGGCCCCGAGGCCAGAGCGGCCCCUCCCGCCGGCGGCGGUUUCCAUGGAGGAGGCCCUCGGCCCGGCCGCGCUUCCUGCCCGGCCCCUUCCUGCCCCUCGGGACACACCGGACGGGGACGGGCCGCGGGGACAGGCCGCGCUCGGCACCGGACAAUGAACGACUGGGCGCCCAUCGCAAAGGAGUAUGACCCGCUCAAAGCCGGGAGCAUUGAUGGCACAGAUGAGGAGCCCCACGACCGGGCCAUAUGGAGGGCUAUGCUGGCACGCUAUGUACCCAACAAGGGAGUGACAGGAGACCCUCGCCUCACCCUGUUCGUAGCAAGGCUCAAUCUGCAGACAACAGAAGAGAAGUUGAAGGAGGUGUUUUCUCGCUAUGGAGACAUCAGAAAGCUCCGUCUGGUUAGAGACCUGGUCACAGGGUUUUCCAAGGGGUAUGCAUUUAUUGAGUACAAGGAGGAGCGAGCCCUCCUGAAGGCCCACAGAGAUGCCAACAGGCUGGUUAUCGAUCAGCAUGAGAUCUUUGUGGACUUUGAGCUGGAAAGAACUCUCAAAGGGUGGAUCCCUCGGAGGCUUGGAGGUGGUUUUGGAGGCAAGAAGGAAUCCGGGCAGCUCCGGUUCGGGGGACGGGACAGACCUUUCCGGAAGCCCAUCAAUUUGCCGAACAUGAAAAGUGAUUUCUAUGGAGAAGGAUCAGCAGAGAAAAGAAAUUGGUCUCGUGAGGGAUCAAGGGACUGGAGAACAAGGGACCGAGACCACGACAGGAGCAGAGACAAGCGGUGGCCAGAAAGGGAGCGGUCGUGGACGUGGGGUGAAAGCGAGAGGGACUCCAAAGAGGAGAGGAGCAGAGGGAGGGAGAGGAAGGACAGAGACAGGAAGGACAGGGAUAGAGACCGGAGCAGGGAAAGGGAUUCCAAGAAACAAAGAGAUGAUGACAAGCACCGGUAGGUGACAGUGCCUUGCACUGGGCUGUGUUACCUGCUCUUACACCCACAGCGUUCCAGCUGCAGGGGCUGUGAGCAGUGUUCCCAGACUCCCCUGCUAGAAGCUCUCUGUAGUUUGGCUGCUAAUGCAGUUGUGUGUUGAAGUGUUCUUCAGAGGAAAUAAACUGUAGUAAUAUUUUUGACCUGGUGAAUGCUGUCAGGAAGGCCCCACAUGUGUGGGCAUCCCUCUGAAACUGAGCAUACACCCCAGCUGAUGCCCAUCUGGCAGCCUUGGUAGGGCUCAGGAGAGAGCUCCCUGUGUGUUUAUGUGCCAGGUGUCCACAGUCAUUCAGUGAGACAUGCUCUUGAGGAAACAGUCACUUGUUGGAGAAACAGUAACGGAACAGCAACAAACUCAGCUUCUGAGAAAUGUGCCCAAACCAGAAGCUGAGAAGUGAGGUUACUUUCUUGAGCACAGGUGAGAUCUUGAGUAGUUCUAUGUUCUUAACUAGAUCUGCAGUGUGAGGGAGGACAACAAGAAAUUUGGGGGGUUUUGUAUCACGGGAGAAUGCACUUCCUUUGAUUAGAGGAAUGUGCUCUGCAGAGGAAUGUGCAUUGGAGAGCAAUGAGCAAAUCAGGUUCCUUAUCACUCCAUGGACUCUCCUCACUGCGGUGGUUUCCUGCCUGCACAGGGUUUAAAUCCUGCUCUGGAAGCAGGGCUGGCUGCUUCCUGCAGUGGAAUUGGGGAAGCAGAGGGCAAAGCAGCUCCUUUU